UGGAGCGGCUCCGCGGCGGAGCAGUGGCGCGCGCGGCAGGGCCCCGACGAGUCUGUUCACUCGGGAGGAAGCCGCUGCGUUGGAUCAGUGCUGCGGGUUACAGCCCCGGGCCAGCUUGGCCAUGGCCUUGACCGUGGAGACUGAGUCCCAAAUCUACCGAGUUUUGCGCACAGCCUCUGGGGCUGCCGCCCACCUUGUGGCCCUCGGCUUCACCGUCUGCGUGAUGGUGCUUGCCCGGCCUGGCUCCAGCCUCUUCUCCUGGCACCCCGUGCUUAUGUCUCUUGCUUUCUCCUUCCUGAUGACUGAGGCGCUGCUGGUGUUCUCGCCGGAGAGCUCCCUGUUGCGUUCCCUCUCCAGGAAGGGCCGGGCACGCUGCCACUGGGUGCUGCAGCUGCUGGCUCUGCUGUGCGCGCUGCUGGGCCUGGGCCUUGUCGUCGUCCACAAGGAGCAGCAGGGCAAAGCCCACUUGGCCACCUGGCAUGGACGGGCAGGGCUGCUGGCCGUGCUGUGGGCGGGGCUGCAGUGCUUAGGUGGGGUAGGCCUGUUGUACCCCAAGCUGCUACCCCGCUGGCCCCUGGCCAAGCUCAAGCUGUACCAUGCUACCUCAGGGCUGGUGGGCUACCUCCUGGGCAGUACCAGCCUCUUGCUGGGCAUGUGUUCACUGUGGUUCACCGCCACGGUCACUGGUGGGGCCUGGUACCUGGCCGUGCUGUGUCCUGUUCUCACCAGCCUUGUCAUCAUGAACCAGGUGAGCAAUGCCUACCUGUAUCGCAAGAGGAUCCAGCCGUGAGCCUCACCUAGCCUCAUGGAAGCCUGGACUUGCCCCUCCAUAGCCAAGCUGGGCCCAGGAGCUCCUGGGCACUCUCUGCUGACUGUUAAGGGGACACUGGUGCAGCAGGGGGAGGAUACCAGUGUGUGACAGCUCUGCUCUGCCACUGGAGUGCCCCGUCUCUGCUCUCCCUGUUCCUGAGGUCCACAGGAGUCGUGUCUUGGAAUGAAGCUGGGGUUGCAAAACUGCCCCCCCCACCCCCAAAUCAGUACUGGUUUCCAGAAAUGACAAGGGAGGAAAAAGUAAAAUAAAAAUGACUGAAAAGCCUA